AUGACCUCACAAUUUGCUGCAGAGCUAUGCGAGCUUCUUGUAGAAGAGAACUUUGGGGAGCUGUUCGGGCGGAUCUUCGCGACACUUUCGCGUUAUGAUCGCCUCAACCUGCCUCGCCUCAAGGCUUACUCUGAACUUCCCAAUCGCCAGCUUCUACCCGCACUCGCUGCUAUGAUUCAGCAGCAUCUUGUCUACCAUUACACGUCCUACGAUGAUGGCGUUACGUAUUACGAAGCUAAUAUGCAGUCUGCAUACUACCUCGUCCGUUCUGGAAAAAUCCUGGAGUUUGUGGAGGAACGACUGGGCAAGUAUGCGGCGACCGUCCUUUCGACCAUCAUGUAUCUCGGACACGCCCAAGUGAGCUACCUGGAGACUUUGCCGGAACUGACAUCCGAGGCGGUCAAAGCCAACGGUGUGCCUGAAGAGCAUGGCGAACAUGAGGAAGACGAAGAACAGUCGAAUGGACUCAAUGGCGAACACUCCAAUGAACAGCCUGAGCUUCUUCACCCGACAUUGAAAGCCCUAGCUGCCCAUGGUUAUAUCAUCCGUGUUAGGGAGGCACAAUUCCAGAGCCAUGCAGACAAUAUCCUCGACGCAGAACGAGCCAUAAGGUCAAAACCAGAAAUGAAGGCACUGAAGGGCAAGAGGCUAGAAGAGGCAGUCAUAGAAGGAACGCUCGGUUUGCUCAAGGAGAGAACGGACGGGGAUCUGACACGUGGACUAAUAGUCCACGGGGUUCCCAGAGGCGCAAAGCGCAAACACAGUUCUCGGAGGGCUGACGAGCCCAACAAAAAAUGCCGAACUGAUUUUGCCAGCGUCGAUGAAAAUGAUGAGCAUGAUGAGGAAGAGGAGAAUGAAUGGUCUGAUGACGAAAUGGGCUACGAUACCACUCCAAUGGAGGUGAGUGCGCGAGAAUUGUAUGCCACCGUAUCUGAACGGGAGACUGAGCAGGGUGUGUCGCCAGCAACAGCCAAAGUAUAUGAAUGCUUACUUCGACGCAUUGAGUACCAGACCCACCAGUGCCGAGACACUGCCGAGAUACCUCGCGAAGGAGAAGAAGGAGAGCAGUACUCUGUGCCGAUAGCACUCAGUGCAUUAGCUGAAGACGUCAAUCCACAGCUUGACCUUUCUAGUUCUACGGGUCCGAUGGAUAGCUCGCAGCCAGAUGGCAGGCGUGGGAAACGGCCCUGGGACGGUGAUGUUGAGGGAACAAAUCACGAAGAGGCGAAUGGACUGUCUUCUGGCGGUAGUGGCGGUAAUCGUACUUUUGAGAUUGAUCAACACCUUUCUCUUUUGGCGCAGCCACCACACAACCUCACGUCUAAACGCAUGGUGUCGGGCCUCAUUACGUGGACAGUAGAGUUCCGUCAUCUGGCGCGAAAGCUCCGGCACCUCGAACUGGAGCGGAUGAUCGAGGCUCGGUACGGCGAUGUUGCGUUGCGGGUGGUCCGAGUUCUCCAUGCCAAGGGCAAGCUAGACGAGAAGCGACUCCAGGAAAUCAGUCUGCUCCCCUUCAAGGACCUGCGGCAGGUCCUUGCGAGCAUGCAAGCAGGCGGAUUCGUGGACCUGCAGGAAGUACCACGGGACGCUCAGCGCCAGCCAUCGCGCACAAUCUACCUCUGGUACUACGACCCUGACCGCAUUUGCAACAGUGUGUUGCAGGACACGUACAAGGCCAUGUCACGGUGUCUGCAGCGUCUGAGGUUCGAGCGUAGCCGGAUAAAGGAUUUCUUGGAGAAGACGGAGCGGAGUGAUGUCAAGGGCAACGAGCAGCGGUUUUUAUCUGAACCCGAAUUGGUGCUUCUAGAGCAGUGGAGGGCCAAAGAGGCGUUGUUAUUAGGCGAGGUGGCGCGGCUGGAUGAGAUGGUUGCUGUAAUGCGAGACUAUUAA